UCUAGCCAACUAGAUUGGGUACCCUGCUCUUAGAGAAGCUAGGGCAUUUGUUUGCGGCGUACAGUCGCGGGAUAAUGGCUUACAUAAUGGGAAUGAUAUCGGGCGCAACCGGACCUUUUAGGAUUGGCGUUAGGGCAUGGGGUUAUUCUGUGAUGACAGGCCGAACACUUCCAACGCUUGGAUUUCGUGGCUCUGCUGUCAGAAAUUUUGCACUAAGUCGAAUGAAGUACUUGGGAUCAUAUUACAACUUUUGUUCGUCUCACCGAUUACUUUCCUCUAACAAGCCACCUAAAGGUUUUGAGAAGUUCUUUCCAAAGAAUGAAAGCACUCCUGGAGUCAACAGAUCAGCUGGAGAACCAAAAGAGGUGAAGGCUGAGCCUCGCAGCAGUGGAGGAGGCGGAGGAGGAGGAGGUGGAGGAGGAGGAGGAGGAGGAGGAAAGAAGGGUGGGAAGAAGGAGGACAGCAGCUGGUGGGCCCGCAUGCAGAAGGGUGAUAUUCCCUGGGAUGAGAAAGAUUUCAGGUACCUGGCCAUUGCAGCAGCAGGAAUGUCCUCUACCUUCUUGUACCUGUAUUUCAGAGACACGGGCAAAGAGAUCACCUGGAAGGACUUUGUACAUUACUACCUCGCCAGAGGACUGGUGGACCGCCUAGAGGUUGUCAACAAACAGUUUGUGAGAGUCAUCCCAGUGCCUGGAGUGAACACUUCGGGGGUGAGCUAUGUGUGGUUCAACAUUGGCAGUGUGGACACAUUUGAGCGGAACCUGGAGGCGGCGCAGCAGGAGAUGGGCAUGGAGCCCUCUCACAGGGUGGCCGUGGUGUACAGCACGGAGAGUGAUGGGUCUUUCAUGAUGAGCAUGAUUCCCACCUUGUUGCUGAUUGGCUUCUUACUCUUUACACUGCGACGGGGACCAAUGGCAGGAGGGGGUGGGGGCAGAGGAGGUGGGCUCUUCAGCAUGAGUGAGUCCACUGCUAAGAUGAUGAAAGAUAACAUCAACAUCAAGUUCAAGGAUGUGGCAGGAUGUGAGGAGGCUAAGCUGGAGAUCCUAGAGUUUGUAAAUUUCCUAAAGAACCCCAAACAGUACCAGGACCUGGGUGCCAAAAUUCCCAAGGGUGCAGUGCUGUCAGGGCCCCCGGGGACAGGCAAGACCUUGCUGGCGAAGGCUACUGCUGGGGAGGCAAACGUCCCUUUCAUAACUGUUAAUGGCUCUGAGUUUCUGGAGAUGUUUGUUGGUGUGGGACCUGCCAGGGUAAGGGACAUGUUUGCCAUGGCACGGAAGAAUGCCCCCUGUAUCCUCUUCAUUGAUGAGAUUGAUGCAGUAGGCAGAAAGAGGGGCAGGGGCAACUUCGGGGGUCAGAGUGAGCAGGAGAACACACUUAACCAGCUGCUGGUAGAGAUGGAUGGAUUCAACACCAGCACUAAUGUGGUAGUCCUAGCUGGAACUAACCGACCUGACAUCCUGGACCCGGCGCUGAUGAGGCCUGGCCGAUUCGACAGACAGAUCUAUAUAGGUCCACCAGAUAUCAAGGGCAGGGCGUCAAUCUUCAAAGUACACCUGCGUCCCCUCAAGCUGGAUUCCAGCGUGGACAGAGAUGGACUUGCGCGCAAGCUGGCAGCUCUCACACCCGGCUUCACUGGAGCCGAUAUUGCUAACGUAUGCAACGAGGCCGCGCUCAUUGCUGCCAGGCAUCUGAAUGAGAGCAUUAAUGCAAAGCACUUCGAGCAGGCCAUUGAGCGAGUCAUCGGAGGCCUGGAGAAGAAGACUCAAGUCCUUCAGCCUACUGAGAAGAAGACGGUGGCAUACCAUGAGGCUGGCCACGCCAUUGUGGGCUGGUUCCUGGAGCAUGCGGAUCCCUUGCUCAAGGUGUCCAUCAUUCCCCGGGGGAAGGGUUUGGGCUACGCGCAAUACCUCCCGAAGGAGCAGUACCUGUAUAGCCGUGAGCAGCUCUUUGACAGGAUGUGCAUGAUGCUUGGGGGCAGAGUGGCAGAGCAGGUCUUCUUUGGCAAAAUCACCACGGGGGCCCAGGACGACCUGAAAAAAGUCACGCAGUCGGCCUAUGCACAGAUCGUGCAGUUUGGGAUGAGUGAGAGGGUGGGCCAGGUGUCCUUUGACCUCCCGCGGCAGGGCGAGAUGGUGAUGGAGAAACCUUACAGCGAGGCCACGGCACAGCUUAUCGAUGAGGAAGUGCGCUCUCUCAUCAACAGGGCCUAUGACAGGACACUAAGCCUCAUCCUGGAGAAGAGGGAUGUGGUGGAGAAGGUGGGCAAGAGGCUCUUGGAGAAGGAGGUCUUGGACAAGGCUGACAUGCUGGAGUUGCUGGGUCCCCGUCCCUUCGAGGAGAAGUCCACUUAUGAGGAGUUUGUGGAGGGCACUGGCAGUUUUGAGGAGGACACCAGCCUGCCUGAAGGCCUGAAAAACUGGAAUGAAGAGAGAGUAGAGGCCCAGGAGGAGGCCCCCCGCACACAGGAGAAGCAAGCCCUGUAAUACAGAGGGAUGGACUCCUGCCCAAACUGCUCCAGUUGAGGCAAGAAUUUGCACUGCAUAAGGGACUGCAGCAGAGUUUAAGGUUUAGCCAGGGGUUUGAGAACUUCAAACAGUGCAAUGAGGGAGGGAUAGCUCUUUUUUUGUGUGUUUUUAAGUAGGAACAGUAACCUGUUGUUCCUCUCUAAUCUGAAGAGUAAGCGGAGGUUUUAACCCCAACAUUAAAGUUGAUGGUCUUCCCUCAAUGCCUUAACUCAGAGCUGCCUUGAUGUGACAAAUAAUCUUAGGGAUCCCGUACAUCUGUGGUCUACUUCAGCCCUGGAAUGCAGUGAGUUUAUUGGGAUAUUCAGUGUCAUGUCUUCUUCCCCUCACUAACACAUCCUCACUGAACAUCAGUGUUAGAGAUUUUUUGUGCUGUUUGAUGAAUUAGGAACACUGUUCUUCUUUCUUCAUGCAAUUAUUUAUUUGUUAAUUACAAUCAAAAACUGUAUAUAUUUAAACUGAACUGGUUUCUUCCCUAAAGAAAUAAUAUGACUGAUGAUGUUCUUGUCACUCCUGUAGAGUUAAAAGUACUUUAACCAGAACUUGGUGAUAAAUCCUGUGAUCUCAUUGCAUUCGGACUGAAGUUUUAUGAAUAUACUCCAGAUGUUGGGUAUGAAUGUAAUACCAGCUGGUCCAAUAGUUUGAUUUCAGAGGGGCACCUUGGGGUUUAACAUGCUUUUCAUUUUCUGGAAAAGAGUCAAUUAUUUGAAAGUGAACCUUGACAGCUGGGUUGGACAUAUCAAACGCAUUCAAAGUAACUGACCCUGACAAGACUUAUUUAUAAAUGCAUAUAUGUUCAACCAACAGUUUUUCUUUCAUUUUAUUUCUUCAGAGUGCAACUGUAGUUGGUUUUAAAAUUAUGAUUUAUCCUAUACUGGGGGGUACUUUUCAAGCAGGAGUCAUCGAACAGUUCUUGCUGUUACUAUAAAACAUGUACAUUUGAAAAUAAACCCAGCUGACAAAUUCUAAAACUGUUGUCUGUGCUUCACAUGCCAAGUUUGUACAGAUAUAUUACAAUAUUGUCAUUGUA